AUGGCUUCAGGCACAAUCAAGGUGCCUGUUUACUCUCCCAAUGACCUCAAAUCAACCACAGACGACGCCCUCAUCCCGUACCUAAGCACCCUCCCCCAACCAUACACCUUCAAACAGGACCACACCAAGACAAACAUCCGCUUCCUUAUAGGCUACAGCGCCGUCGCAAUCGCCGCAUUUACAUUUUAUGCCGAUCGCAAGCUGGGGUGGGAAGCGACGCAGUCUCCAUGGGUCAUUGCUGCCGUUGUCUCAUACUUCACUCUCAACUCACUCCUCACGUAUUGGGUCUGGGCGGUUGAAGCUAGCGAGGUCUUCCGAGGGACAAGAAGGUCGGGCGAAUCGAUAUCGAUUCGGUCCUCUGUGAAGAAGCAUACGCCGCUCUACAGACUUCAAGUUCAGUACAAGUCUGCUUCGGGGAGUGUUCUAGAGGAGAAAGAAAUCGAGGCGCCAUUCACGGCCUGGUUUGCCGGCGAUGGCACGUUCCAUCCUGAGCCCCUACGGAAAUGGCUUGCGAAGGAGAUUGAGGUGCUUCGUCUAGCUGCUGGUGAGACUGAAAAGAGGACUGGCGGCGUGGCCAGUGUUGUGGGAGUGGAAGAGGCCGAGAGUAAGGGAAGCAAGGGUGCCAAAAAGCGAAGGUAG